AUGAAUGCUUCAUUUUUGGACGAUGUAUUAUGUAACAUUGUAUGCAACAUACAGCUGGCUGUGCGCCCCUUUGUGAUGCUCGAAGCCUCUUUCGCCUUUCAUGCAUAUUCACGUGGUUUGCCUAACGGGUUGGUCCAAUACGUUUGUGGUCUAAAACUGAUUGAACAGGCUGGAACAAACAGAGACGAGGUUUGCAGGUUAUGGCCUACUGCUUCUGAUGUGGUUAGUAAUUCGAUACAGGCCCGUCGUUGUUCCCAUACGUUGCCUGAUGGAAAGGUACAAACAUAUUUUGGCCUUACAUUGAUUAACAGCUGCAACGAUUCUAGCAUCGUGGGUAGCAAACAUUCUAUCCAUAUACAAAAUCGUACUUAUGUGGGUCUUAGUGGGAAGGUCGUGACAUACUGUGGGCCUACCCUAACUACCAUAGAUGCAACUACUUCCUCUGCUGACCCCAACGCAGGUUGCACUCAAAUACAACCGCCAACUGUUACAGUGACCACUGGUACUGACGCUAAAGUGUGCACAAGAGAAUCAAUAAAAGGUCGCCCCCGUGCGCAUGUUAGGUACCAGAGCCUUGGCCGUCCAACCUUCACGUGCCAUAAUUGUGCGGCGAUCAUGUGGUAUGAAGAGAGGAAUAAAAAUACAAAGUCGUCUGAUGGGACGACUUUCUCUUCGUGCUGCCAGGAUGGCAAGGUUUUGCUUGCUCGCCUUCUUGAUCCGCCUGAACCAUUAAGAUCAUUACUUGAUUAUAACGACCCGGAGACACUUAGAUUCAGAGAACAUAUUAGAGUUUACAAUAGCAUGUUCUGUUUCACAUCAUUUGGGGGAAAGAUUGAUCAUGCUAUAAACAGUGGUCGAAGCCUAUACACCUUCCGAAUAAGUGGGCAGAACUACCACCGAAUAGGCUCCAUGUUGCCAGUUGAAGGUGAGCAACCAAGAUAUGCUCAGCUGUAUUUCUACGACACGCAAAACGAAGUUAAAAACCGUAUAACUGCUUUGUUUGGCCAGACCCAUUGUCACGACACAUGUGAUGAAGCAAUUGUUGCGUCCCUCAUCAGAAUGUUAGACACCCACAGUCCUUUGGCUACCGCCUUCCGCAUGGCACGUGACUGGUGCACUCAAAAUGAAAGAAACAAUUGUCAACUACGCUUACUUGGCCAAAUAAUAAACAAUCCACAAUACAACCGCCCUAAUGUGUCUGAAGUUGCUGUUCUUAUCACAAACGACUUUGGGGACAACACUGAACCACGUGAUGUUAUCUAUCCGUUGUUGUUUCCGUACGGAGAGACCGGGUUUCACGAACGAAUACACUACCAUGAAAACACCGGUCGUCGGGCGACUAAACGACAAUGUGUCACAAUGCGGGAAUACUACUGCUACAGAAUCCAUUAUCGCAAUAACGAAGGCAUCACCCUGUUAAGAGGCGGUCGUUUAUUCCAACAGUAUUUAGUUGACUCAUAUGCAGCUAUCGAAGAACAAAGGUUGCGCUGGAUGAGGAAUAACCAAAAUGAGCUGCGCGUUGAGCUCUAUCAUAAUGUUUGUGACGCUGUGACGCGUGGGGAUACAAAUGCUGAGGCUAUCGGGCAACGUAUAGUUUUACCGGCAACCUUUACGGGCAGUCCAAGAUAUAUGAUCCAAAAUUACCAAGACGCCAUGGCUCUGUGCCGUACUUUUGGGAACCCCGACCUGUUUGUAACGUUUACAGCUAACCCAAAAUGGCCUGAAAUCGAAGACAUGGUGUCUCUCAUACCAGGACAAAAGUCUCAUGACCGUGCAGAUGUUGUAUCACGCGUUUUUAAGCUAAAGCUGACCUCCUUGAUUGAAGAUAUUAUGAAGAAACAAAUCUUUGGUAGCUGCCAAGCAGCUGUUUAUACAAUUGAGUUUCAAAAACGAGGCCUACCGCACGCGCACCUUUUGUUGUGGCUUGAACAUUCUACCGAGUCUCGCACGCCGGCUGGCAUAGAUGAUUUGAUUUCUGCAGAGAUCCCAUCGAAAAUUGACGAUCCAUCUGGCUAUAAGGCUGUAACAGAUUACAUGUUGCACGGCCCAUGUGGGAAUGAUGCGCGCAGUGCUCCGUGUACAACAGAUAGAAAAUGCAUGAAACACUUUCCGAAACCAUUUUACCGAGAAACAACAAUUGACGAAGACGGUUACCCGGUUUAUCGCCGACGAGAUACCAAGAUCUUCUUUAAGAAGGGCAAAACGAAGCUUGACAACCGGUUUGUCGUCCCAUACAACCGCUACCUCCUCUUAAAGUACGAAUCGCACAUCAAUGUUGAGUGGUGCAACCAGUCCCGAGCGAUUAAAUACCUGUUUAAAUACUUAAACAAGGGGCCAGACAGGGCUACAAUGGUUGUUCAGGAAAACAUUGGCAAUAACGGUGAAAAGCGUACACAACAGAUUGUUAAGGUUGAUGAGAUUAAAAACUAUCUGGAUUGCCGGUACUUAUCGCCAUGUGGAGCUGUGUGGAGAAUGCUUGCAUUUCCUAUACAUUACUCAUUCCCAUCCGUCAUGAAACUAACGUUCCAUACACCUAAUCAACAUCUGCUCACGUUACGUGAUUCAGACAGCUUGCCGGCCCUGUUAAACCGGGACGGGAUACGAGACACGAUGUUCACCCAAUGGUUUGCGCUAAACAACAGAGAUGAAGCGGCAAGAGAGUUAACGUACGCCGAGAUACUAACAAGGUAUGUGUGGCAAGAGGAUAACAAGGUAUGGAAAACGCGGUUGGAGCGGACAGCCAUUGGGCGGAUUGUGUAUUGCAAUCCAGCAGCUGGGCCAAAGUAUUAUCUAAGAAUGUUGUUGGGAAUUGUGAGAGGGCCUCGGAGUUUCGAAGAAAUAAAAACGGUCGACGGAGUGGUAUAUGCAACGUUCAAAGAAGCCUGCUAUGCGUAUGGCUUGCUUAAUGAUGACAAGGAGUGGAAUGACGCCCUGUCAGAGGCUAAAUUAUGGGCGUCCGGUUCCCAACUACGGGAAUUGUUUGUUACGAUGUUGUUGUUUUGCGAAGUGAAUCGCCCGGCGCAACUGUGGGCACAAAAUUGGGAGAUACUAUCUGAUGAUAUUUUGUACCUGAAACGUAGGCUCUUCAUGUUCCCAGGGUUACAUUUAUCAGACGACCAGCUUAAGAACUACUGCCUGAUCGAACUAAAUGAACUAUUGGAGAAAAAUGGAAAAUCGUUAUCGGAUUUCACAGAUAUGCCCCAAUCGGAUACGUCGCUCCUCGAUAAGAUGGAUAAUCGUCUAAUUAGGGAAGAGUUGAUCAUUGAUUCUGUUACCACCCGAAAAGGCGGGUUCUAUUUCGUGUAUGGUCCGGGUGGGACAGGCAAGACGUUCCUGUACAAAGCCAUUAUGUCACGCUUAAGAUCUAUGGGCAUGAUUGCCCUUGCGGUUGCAUCUUCAGGUAUCGCGUCCCUUCUAUUACCCGGUGGCCGGACAACUCAUAGCCGCUUCGCUAUCCCUUUAGAAUUACUUCAGAAUAGCACGUGUGCCAUCAAACAAAAUACCCAAUUGGCACACCUGUUACAAGAGGUAAGGUUAAUCAUCUGGGACGAAGCACCAAUGAUGCAAAAAUAUGCUUUUGAAGCACUUGAUAAAACACUUAGAGAUAUCUUGGGGUUUCCUGCCUACGCAAACAGGGAACGCGUGUUUGGUGGCAUGCCUGUUUUGCUUGGUGGUGAUUUCAGACAAAUCCUGCCCGUCAUCCCAAAAGGAAAAAGAGAAGAUGUUGUUCAGGCAUGCAUAAAUAAAUCGUAUCUGUGGAAAAGUUGUAAACUCUUCAGACUCCACCGUAGUAUGCGUGUCAACGAAUACACCUCAACAGGUGUGCUAGACAUGGAUAGGCAACGUUUCAACAAAUGGUUGUUAGAAAUCGGCGAUGGAAUUGUCCCUUCAAAGACCAAAGAAGGUGAGGAUGAGCCAACCUGGAUCGAGAUACCCACCAGGUUCAUCGUAGAUGGUUGUGGCCUUCCUGUGGAAUCGAUUGUUAACGCUGUCUUCCCGUCGUUUACAGAAAGGCAGGUCGAUGAAGAUUUUUUAUGUGAAAGAGCAAUACUAACCCCGCGCAAUAUAGACGCGGACGAAAUCAAUGAUUACAUGUUUGCACAACUGAGACGGACCACAAAGACCUACAAGAGUUCUGAUGAGAGAUGUCGCGCAUCCACGGAUGUAUUAGAACAGGAACAACUCUAUCCGUCUGAAUUCCUAAACUCUUUGACAUUCCCAGGUAUGCCACCGCACGCUUUGCAUUUAAAAGAAGGCCUCCCUGUCAUGCUUUUAAGAAAUGUGAACCCCUCGCAAGGAUUAUGUAAUGGCACCCGCCUUAUUAUCACAGACCUUGGGAAAUUUGUUAUCAAGGCUAGAAUACUUACUGGGUCUAACCUUGGAGAUACUGCAUUAAUACCGAGGAUAACGCUUUCAUCCACGAAAUCAAAAUGGCCAUUUAUUAUGAAAAGACGCCAGUUCCCAGUGAAACCAUGCUAUGCAAUGACCAUUAAUAAAAGUCAAGGCCAAUCAUUAAAAGUCGUUGGUCUGUAUUUGCCCCGACCUGUGUUUAGCCAUGGUCAGCUAUAUGUCACGCUUUCAAGGGUUACGACACCUGAAGGUUUAAAGAUUGUCAUCGUCGGGGAUGGCAACGGUAGCAUGAAAAACCAUACUAGAAACAUCGUUUAUAAAGAAACGUUUAACAAUUUGGAGACAUCAGAUCAGACACAAUAA